AUGGCUGGCAACACCUGGUUCAUGAGCUCCCUUCCCGACUCCCCUGACUCUGUCGGCGAGCCCUACUACAUCCGCUUACCCUCCACCUCCACCAACAACCGCCUCCUCUGCAUCUCCGCCUCCGACCCUCACGACGGUUCCCGCAACUCCUACGCUCUCGCAUAUCCCGAAGCCCUCCCUUACAAUUCCACCUUCCUCCCGGGCUUCACCUUCGUCUCCGACACCUUUUACGAUUACAACAAUUUAUGGCAUGGCCUCGCGGCGAUCCUUCCGUUUGCGCGGUGGCACGCGGCGAACGGAUGCGCAUCGCCGGAAAGGUGGUUCCUUUUCCAUUGGGGAGAGGUGAGGAAGGGGAUGGGAAUGUGGGUGAGGACUUUGGCGGAAGUUUCGACUGGUGGGAAGGUGAGGGUUGUGGAAGGAGGUGAGGCUGCAGGGGUGGUUUGUUUCGAGGAAGCGGUGGUGGCGCGGCGGAACGAUGUUGGGAUGAGUAAUGAGAGGAAGGAGGAGGUAUAUGAUUUGAUGAGGAGUAGGGCGAGGAUUUAUUGUGGUUUGGAGAGGAACGGGGGAGGGAAUCUGGGGGAGAUUAGGAUGACUUUGCUGUUUCGGGUGGGAUCGAGGUCGUUCAAGAACGAGACGGCGGUCGCCGGAGUUUUUGAGAGAGAGUGCGAGAGAGUGGACGGGUGCAGGGUUCGGCUGGUCCGGUCUAGUAAUUUAACGUUUUGUGAACAGAUGCAUGUUGAUGGCAGAGGAGAAUAA